UGACGACGUUCUAGGUCCCGCAAUAUUGGAGGACAAAAAGGGAAAAUUGGCUCCAGAGAAGGCCAUUUUUCAAAUUUCACGAGAAAAAGACUCGUAGUAAAAACAGGACCGCCGCUCUGCCUCCGUCGGCGGUUGAUGAGUCUGACUUCGCAGCUUCCAUCUCAGUACCGGCCCCUGUUCGCCGCCGUCACCCAAUACGCCCGCCAAAAGGACCUCCAAAAGGGUAAGUCACUUCACGCUCAUUUGAUCAAAGCCGGUUCCAUAUCUUGCGUAUACAUCGCCAACGCCGUCGUCAACCUCUACGCCAAAUGCGGCGACUUGCCCGGAGCCCAUCUUGUGUUUGACGCCAUUUCCGACAAGGACGUCGUCUCCUGGAACUCCCUCAUCAAUGGCUACUCCCAGCAGGGUCUCCGAGCCUCCUCCCUCGUCGUCGUCGAGCUUUUUCGGCGCAUGAGAGCGGAGAACACGUUCCCUAAUGCCCACACUUUUUCCGGCGUCUUCACAGCGGCGUCCAAUGUGUCGGACGUUUCUUGCGGCCGGCAAGUUCACGCGCUUGCUACCAAAGCUGCCAGCUUUUAUGAUGUGUUUGUUGGGAGCUCUCUUUUGAAUAUGUAUUGUAAAGCGGGUCUUGUGUUGGAUGCACGUAAGGUGUUUGAUAGAAUGCUCGAGAGGAAUUCAGUUUCUUGGGCGACUAUGAUUUCUGGGUAUGCAAUGCAGCGGAUGGCUGGGGAUGCGUUGGCGCUUUUCGGGAAGAUGCGUAGGGAUGUGGAGAAGGAAGAAGAGAAUGAAUUUGUUUUGACGAGUGUUCUUAGUGCCUUGGCGCUUCCUGAGUUUGUUGAUACCGGUAAGCAAAUUCAUUGUCUUUCAGUGAAAGACGGGUUGAUAGGUUUCGUUUCUGUUGAGAAUGCGCUUGUAACCAUGUAUGCGAAAUGUGGGAGCUUAGAUGAUGCACUUAGAACUUUUAAGUUGUCUGGUGAUAAGAAUUCUAUCACAUGGUCAGCAAUGAUAACUGGUUUUGCACAAAGUGGGGAUUCCCAAAAGGCUCUGGACUUGUUUUCACAUAUGCAUUUUGCUGGGGUUAUCCCGAGUGAGUUCACUUUUGUUGGAGUCAUCAAUGCUUGUAGUGACAUCGGUGCUCUUGAAGAAGGAAGACAAAUUCAUAGCUAUUCAUUAAAGAUGGGUUUCGAAUUCCAAAUAUAUAUAAUGACAGCUUUGGUAGACAUGUAUGCCAAAUGUGGUAGCGUUAGUGAUGCCCGUAAGGGGUUUGAUUAUUUGAAAGAACCUGAUAUUGUUCUUUGGACUUCAAUGAUUGGAGGGUAUGUGCAAAAUGGGGAGAAUGAAGCUGCUUUGAGUUUGUAUUGCAGAAUGCAGAGGGAGGGAAUGAUGCCUAAUGAACUAACUAUGGCUAGUGUCCUCAAAGCAUGUUCGAGUCUAAGUGCUUUUGAACAAGGGAAGCAAAUCCAUGCCCGUACUGUCAAGUAUGGGUUCAGUCUUGAAGUACCAAUUGGAAGUGCUCUUUCAACCAUGUAUGCAAAGUGUGGGAAUUUGGAAGAUGGCAAUCUGGUGUUUAGGAGGAUGCCAAUGAGGGAUGCAGUAACUUGGAAUGCAAUGAUAUCAGGGCUUUCACAAAAUGGGAGGGGCUUCGAGGCUCUACAGCUCUUUGAGGAGAUGCGGUUGGAGGACGCAAAACCAGAUUAUGUUACAUUUGUGAAUGUUCUUUCUGCUUGCAGCCAUAUGGGAUCCGUCGAGAGAGGGUGGAUAUAUUUUAAGAUGAUGUCUAACGAAUUUGGCAUAGCCCCAAGGGUGGAACAUUAUGCUUGCAUGGUUGACAUAUUAAGCCGUGCUGGGAGGUUAGAUGAAGCCAAAGAGUUUAUAGAAUCGGCAACUAUUGAUCAUGGUAUGUGUUUAUGGCGUAUUCUAUUAAGUGCUUCUCGGAACUAUCGUAAUUACGAAUUGGGAGCCUAUGCUGGCGAGAAGUUAAUGGAGUUGGGCUCACAAGAAUCAUCAGCUUAUGUGUUGUUGUCAAGCAUAUAUACUUCCUUGGGUAGGAGGGAAGAUGUUGAGCGGGUAAGGAGCCUAAUGAAACUCAGAGGAGUGAGUAAGGAGCCUGGGUGUAGCUGGAUUGAACUGAAGAGUCAGGUUCAUGUGUUUGUUGUUGGUGAUGAAAAGCAUCCACAAAUUGAAAAUAUACGUCAUGUGACGCAAAGGCUACUCAGGCAUAUGAAGGAUGAAGAUGACCAACCUUCGUCUACCAUCUUCUGAAGCUCAUGGUAACUAUAAGUUAUUCAUCAGGUUCCUGCAUCGACAUUCCAUUAUUCUUCAGGAUUUUUUGUUUUAUUCUUUUUCCUGGAAAUUAAAUUUGAGGAUAACAGGCAGCCAUCUCUUUAUUCCAUUUUGGCUUGGAAUCAUAAAGAAUAGAAUUAGGACAUGAUACAAGAAAUUUCAUCACAAGUUGCAACUAAAGAUGAUUUUUCUUCCGUAUCUUGACUUGUUGUGGCAUUAUCAAAGCAAUUUCAUGGCACUGAAAAUUGUCGCUGUUAGUUUUUUCUUUGUCAACAUGGGUAGUGUGAACAGAUCUGUGUAGUUAUUGCAUAACCUUGAUCAUUAUUUAUUGUCAGGCAUCAAAGUGAGUUUUAAGUUAUAGCACAGAAUGAUGAUCAUGAGCCUUUUUCUCUGAA